CUAAAUAACGGUUUUUUACCUCCGGUCACCAAAGCUAAAGAUAGACAUUUCAUCAAUCCUAUACAUCUUCUUGAGUACUAUAAUCUCUUAAAAAUUCCUAACUAUGAUUCACAUUGUCUAUCCCUUGAUGAAACAACUUAUUUACACCUUAGUUGUUCCAAGUGUAACAAAUACUUUCUGAUACUUACAUACUUGAUGUAUCACAAACGGUUAAUGCAUCCUACUAGUCGUGGACGACCCAAAGAAAAAUCUAAAAAUCAAAUUGAGCAAAACUCAUUAACCUUUGAUGAUUUCUCCCUUCUUCUAUCACAGCAAUACGAUUAA